GCACGUUAGCACCCCCAACAGCCGCCUCCCGCGAGUCCGCGACCGGUGCCCCGCCUUCAAGGGUCUCCGAGGCCGAUUUGACUCUGUUCACGGCGGCAGAGCAGAGUGUUCCGGCGGCCGGCGGAACCGGGGGUCCGUCAAUCUCGUAGAUACAGGUAUCCGCUCGGCUCGGCCCUCGGAACCCAAACCUCGCCGAUGACGCUGACGCCGGCGCGCGCCUCCGCGGCCGCGGCCCACGCCCUGCUGCGCAGAACGAGGUGCUUCGCCGCGGCGGAUCGGAUCCGGAAGGCCUCGAGGGCCUUCUCCAGCGCGCCGGCGGGAGCGUCCGAGCCGCAGGAUGGCCUGGAGAAGGUUGGCGGGGUGAGAGCCGGAGACGACGAGCUUGAUGUUGCUAUCGUCGGUGGAGGCAUGGUGGGCCUGGCUGUUGCUUGUGCACUCUCCAAUAUGCCAUUGACCAAACACCUGCGAGUUGCCGUCAUCGACAGCAAUCCUGCAUUGAAGUCAACGAAUUAUCUGAAGAAAGAUGGUAUACCUGAUUCAAGGGUCAGCACUGUUACUCCUGCAACCAUUUCCUUCUUCAGAGAUAUUGGUGCAUGGGAGCAUAUUCUACAGCAGAGACAUGCUUUCUUUGGUAAAAUGCAGGUGUGGGAUUACACUGGACUAGGAUACACAAGGUACAACGCAAGCGACGUGUGCAAAGAAUAUCUUGGAUGUGUGGUGGAAAACAAGGUGCUUUGCAACUCACUUCUGUUACGCUUACAGGAGCAAAAGGAGGACAUUGAAAAGAUGGUCUACCCUACCCGAUUGGUCUCUCUUGCUUUCCCAUCAAAGAGCAGAAACGUAGGAGUAGCAGGACUGAAGCCACCAUCAACUGAGGCAGAGGAACUACGCCGUAGUAAUUUGGUUAAACUUGACCUAAGUGAUGGACAGACUUUAUAUUCAAAGUUGGUGGUAGGAGCUGAUGGUUCCAAAUCCAAUGUAAGGCAGAUUGCGGGCAUAAAAACAACUGGUUGGAGUUAUCCUCAGAGUGCCAUUAUCUGUACAGUAGAGCAUACUGCAGAGAAUGACACUGCAUGGCAGAGGUUUCUCCCUUCUGGUCCGAUUGCCCUGCUUCCAAUAGGUGACAACUUCAGCAAUAUAGUGUGGACAAUGAGCCCAGAGGAGGCAUCACGCCAUAAGUCAAUGAGCUCUGAAGAUUUUGUGAUGUCAGUGAACCGUGCAUUGGAUUUUGGUUAUGGACCCCAUCCCAAUUCUAGUAGCCUUGACCAUUACGUGGAAAGGUUGUUUUCUGACUUUGGAGGUACUGCAGCGUCUACGAAAGAAUGCUUUGAAGUACCACCAAGGGCAAUUGGGCUGAUCUCAGAGAGAAUGGCAUUUCCAUUGUCCCUGAUGCACUCCCAUGAUUAUGUUUCAAAAAGGCUAGCAUUAGUUGGUGAUGCUGCUCAUACAGUGCACCCCUUGGCCGGUCAAGGUGUCAAUUUGGGUUUUGGAGACGCAGCUGCCUUAGCAAAAGUUAUUUCUGAAGGAGUUUCUGUUGGUGCUGAUAUUGGGGAUCUAUCUUUGCUGAACCGGUAUGAGAAUGACCGCAAGGGUGCCAAUGUUGCGAUGGCGGCAGUUCUAGAUGGCUUCCAGAAGAUGUACUCUGUCGAUUUCGGACCCCUCAAUGUUCUAAGAGCCGCUGCAUUCCAUGGUGCCCAGUACAUAUCACCAUUGAAGAAGAACAUAAUUUCUUACGCAAUGGGCGACAGGAAAUCGCCUCUGUUUUCAUAAGCAGCAGGUCUUACAAACUUGUUGGCUCUUGGCUGUCACUGCAGCACUGUACCGAAAUGCGUUAGUUCAAACUAGCAUGGUGUACUUUUGGCAAUAUCUUCUAAGCUAGCUAGUACCAUAUCCCACCUGAGAAACGUUAGUUGGAUAAAAUGUAACAAGUACUCCCUCUAUCUCAAAAUGUAAGACAUUUUUUAACACUAUCAUAGUGUCAAAAAACGUCUUACAUCUUGAGACGGAGGAGUAGUUAAUACUAGUAAAUAAGAUUGUAUUUACUGGAUUUCUUUUCAUGUCUGUAAGGCUUGUUCUGUACUUUGCUUGCCAUGGAAGAUUAGUUUAUUUU